UCAACCCUAGAAAACCGCUGAAGAAAAGGGACCGAGAUGAAAAACUAUAACAUCCUCAAAACAUUGUGUAAACGGGUAUUCUUAAUCGGCUCCGGGAAUUUUUGGUACAAAGAAAACGAGAUUGGGGACGACCGUCGGCUGGUUUAUAGGGCAUACACUGCCCUGCUGUUUUUCAUAUACGGUUUCAUGACAGUACUGGAACUUAUGGCCGCCGUGAUUGGCGACUUUCCCGAAGAGGAGAAACGUGACUCAGUCAGCUUAGCCGUCAGCCACACAAUAGUUAUGAUAAAAAUAUUUUCGGUUAUUGCUAACAAAUCGCUGAUAAAAACCCUGAAUCAUAAAAUGGUGACAGUUUGCGAGAGUUACGAAGAUAGCGCGUUGAUGGCGGAGAAAUAUAAGAUCAUCAAAAUAAACGUUGUGGCUUUCAUUGCAAUGGUUUAUGGGUCCGUGGCGUGCUUCGUAUUUGAAGGGUUAAGGAAAGUGUUUACUGGAGCUCACUUCGUGACAGUCGUGACGUACUAUCCGGUGUUUGAGGACGACUCAGCGUUAGCCACCGCUAUCCGCAUCGGAACCACUCUCAUCCUAUGCAUCAUGAUGGUCACUAUGAUAAUAACAGUCGACGCCUUCACAAUGAUAACCCUCAUCAUGUACAAAUACAAGUUCAUCACUUUAAAGCAGUACUUCGAGAACUUAAGAGAGGACUUUUUUAAAUUGCUCGACGCAGGACACACUGAAAUGGCCACAGAAAGGCUGGCUAAUGGACUCGUCGAGGGAAUAGAAAUGCACAAAACCCUUUUGAAGUUAUCGACAGACAUCGACAAAGCGUUCGGCACCGUGAUGGCGCUACAAGUUUGUCAAAGCUCGGGCUCGGCCGUUUCUCUCUUGCUUCAAAUUGCCCUUUCAGACUUAACGUUUGUCGCAAGCAUGAAGAUAGUAUUCUUCGUAAUCGCAUUGUUCUUCUUACUUGCACUGUUUCUAUGCAACGCCGGGGAAAUAACGUAUCAGGCUUCUCAAGUAUCGGAGGCGAUAUUUUACUGUGGCUGGCAGUCGUGCCCGCCGCGGACGAAGUCUGCACCGCGCCGCAACAUCCGACAACUGGUCGUACUGGCUAUCUUGCAGUCACAGCGACCUUUAGUCAUGAAGGCUUUCAAGAUGCUGGAGCUUACUUACGGGACCUUUAUAUUGGUGGUGCGCGGGACGUACUCUGUUUUCGCUUUGUUUUAUGCACAAAACAACCAGUAACCAAUAACUCACGUAGACUCAUCAUUUUGAAAAUGUAUU